CGGGUUGGAGCGAGGCGGGACCCAGUUGCCUCACGCGCGCCGCCCGCCGGGGAAGGAGAGGAGAGGAGAGGAGAGGAGGGUCCCCUCAGCCCGCAGCCUCAGCCAGCCCCGCCGCCCGUGAGGAACCUGGGGAACCUGCACCUCAAAGCCGCCGCCAGCCACAGCCCCAUGGACGCCGCCGGCCACAAGCGGAAAAAGGGCUGGAGGGAGGAGAAAGAACGCUUGUUGAAGAUGACACUAGAAGAAAGGCGUAAAGAAUAUUUACGGGAGUAUGUUGCUCUGAAAGAUAUCCCAACGUGGAUGGAAGAAACGAAUAAGAAUCAAAACGAUGAGGAGAACACUAAAGAAUCUUUGCCAGUGAAGAGAAAUCUGAGUGAGAAAGUCUCCCUCUACAGAGGUGAUAUUACAUUGCUUGAGAUUGAUGCCAUAGUGAAUGCAGCUAAUUCAAGUCUUCUUGGAGGCGGCGGUGUGGACGGUUGUAUACACAGGGCAGCGGGGCCCUGUCUAGUUGCCGAAUGCCGCAACCUGAGCGGAUGUGAAACCGGACAAGCCAAAGUCACUUGCGGGUAUGACUUGCCUGCCAAAUAUGUCAUUCACACCGUGGGUCCUAUAGCACGAGGGCACAUUAGUGACACCCAUAAAGAAGACUUGGCCAGCUGCUACAAAUCCUCGCUGAAAUUGGCAAAAGAGAACCUCAUCAGAUCCAUCGCGUUCCCGUGUAUUUCAACAGGAAUUUAUGGUUUUCCGAAUGAACCAGCUGCAGUCAUCGCACUUACCACUAUCAAGGAAUGGCUAAGCAAGAACAACCACGAGAUGGAUCGUGUCAUUUUUUGCGUAUUUUUGGAGGUUGACUACAAAAUAUACAAGAAGAAAAUGAAUGAGUUCUUCUCGACGGAUGAAGACCACGAGCAAGAGAGCGAAAUGAAUGAGAGCACAGAGGGAGCGGAGCAGAAAGGCCAGUCUCCGUCACCCGUGAAAUGCAAACCAAAGCAUUCAGAAAACCCAGAGGAUGAAAACGAAGCAGGUGACAGUGACACGGAACCCAAACGCAGCGCAGAUGAAAUUGAGAAUCAAGAUGCAGAUUCACCCAAACAUUCCAAAGCGACACAAGAACCCCACCCGCUUCCUCACGCCGUCUGCGAACAAGACCAACCUGUUGGAGGAAUCCCAGAUGAUUCCACGGAGGAAGAGAUGAACACCCAGACGGAUUCUCAAGUCUCCUGCAUGGAUACAGAAGAUUCAUCGAUAAUCCCAGAGGAGAAAAACGAGGAAGAGAAACCACUGGCUUCUGAAGAAGAUAAAAAUAAUCAAGAAAACAAAGGGGAAGAAAAAGGAACACAGCACCAAGAGAAAGAGAAGCAGACCGCAGAGCCGGCGCAACCAGAAAGCCCGUGCGAUGCAGGAAAAACGUCAAGUAACGACGUUGAAAUGAAUAGUCAAGUUGAAACCGUAGAGGAACCAACAGACUCUCAGACUGAGAAUUAAUUGUAGAAGACCAAGAUGAGAGAAAAGAACCAAGUGGUGAACCAUGAACUGCAGUCAUCGGUGCAUUAUACGACAACAUUCUGACUUAGCAGAGGACGACGGCACACCAUGGAAGUUAAAAACGGGAAAGGGGGGGGGAGGUUGG